AUGAAUAAUAAUGUGGUGCAGUUUCUACUCAAGCACAGCCAUGAUGGAGUGCUAGCAAGAGGGGCUGUAAUGGAGGCAGCAGAAACUCAUAGCAUCAGUAGGAAGACAAUAUACAGGCUAUGGAAGGCAGCCAAUGAGCAAAUGCAAAGGGGAGAACCUGCAAUGAUGGAAGGAAAGGUUAGAGGAUACCAUCAUGUUGAUAGAUUAGAGCUUGAUCAAGAUAAAGUUAGAAACUUAUCUACUCUUGAAAGAUCUUCCCUGAGAAAAAUGGCAGUAAAAUUGAAUGUGAGUAAGAGCACAUUAGGUCAGUGGGUGAAGCAAGGUAAACUACGGCCACAUACAAAUGCAAUCAAACCUGCCCUCACCAAUAUGAAUAAGAUAGCAAGAGCUAGAUGGAGUCUUAGCCAACUUCAGCCACAGAUAACUCAAGGUGGAGUGCAGUUUCAAAGCAUGCACAAUGUAGUGCAUAUAGAUGAAAAAUGGUUCUAUAUGACCAAGGUUUCAGACAGGUACUACCUUUUGCCGGAUGAGGAUGAGCCAUAUAGGUCAUGCAAAUCCAAGAGAUACAUCACCAAAGUGAUGUUUAUGUGUGCUGUCAGUAGACCACAGUUUGAUGCCAAUGGGCAGGCAACUUAUGAUGGCCAAGUGGUUGGGGCAAGUAAAGACAUCUACAUUCAGCAAGAUAAUGCAACCCCACACAUAGCUGCCACGGAUGCAGAGUUUCAGGCUGUUGCCAAAUCAGACGGAUUUUACAUCCAACUGAUUUGUCAACCACCUAAUUCUCCUGAUACUAACAUCUUAGACCUGGGAUUUUUUAGAGCAAUUCAGUCACUGCAGCAUGAGAAACCAUGCAAGACUGUGGAUGAACUAGUGGGGAAUGUGUGUAGUUCAUUUACAGAACUGUCACCACAAACUCUCAACAAAGUUUUCCUAAGCUUGCAGGCUUGCCUCACUGAAAUCCUACACUGCAGAGGUGGAAAUGGAUACAAGGUCCCACACAUCAACAAGGACAGACUACAUAGAAAUGGGGGACUCCCCAAUGUGCUGGAAGUGGAUGAGGAUGUUGUGAGAGAUGUGCUGCACUACUUGCAAAUGCCAGAGAAUAAUGUUGGGUCAAUGUAUGAUAUUGGCCCUCUUUCAAGUGCAUUUGGCAUCUAG